AUGGAUUUCUUUUCUCAAGAGGAAGAUCUGCAAUUCUUUGAUGCCAAGGAAGAGAUGACUUCAAGUGGUUUCCAUUUCGAUGUGUGGAAUGAUUCACCUGGAAGUGUUGUGGAUCGGAGGAAGAAGUUCUUGGAGUGGAUGGGAGUCGAAGAAGAUUUGGUUUCUGAUGGAGCUCCAGAGAAUUGUGUUGAAGCUGAAGCUGAAGCUGAGGAGAGAUCUACAGAGUUUAGCAGUUCUUCUUCUUCUAGUCAGGUAUCUUCAUCUGGUUCAAGCUCCGAGGAAUUGUCUCUGAGAAUGGAUAAAAACGUUGGUGGAUGCGAUGUAACGAGAAGGCAAAGCUCUUCAAUGGCGUCAUGCUCCAAUUCCAGGUGUUGUCAGGUGAAGGAAACAGAGAAGCAGAGCAAUCUCACGGGACUAAUCACAAGUUUCAAGAAGGGUUGGUUAACGAAGCUGCGGUCUAUGGGAUGUACAGCGAACACAAAGAUCGAACCAGGUCGUAGCAGAAUCAAGUCUGAUGUGAUGUCAAGAGUUAAGGUCAAACGUUGUAAGAAGCAGGAGAAAGAGCUCUCAGCUCUUUAUCAAAGCCAAGACAUAAAAGCUCACAACGGUUCCAUCUUGGCUAUGAAGUUUAGCGGCGAUGGGAAGUAUCUUGCAAGUUCUGGUGAAGAUGGGGUUGUGCGCGUGUGGAGAGUCGUUGAGGAGAAGAGAUCUAGUAGGCUAAGAAGGGACUGCUUGAACGAGACAGACCCUUCUUGUAUGUACUUUGAGGUUAACGAUCUCUCUCAGUUGAAACCGGUUUUGUUGGAUGAGGAGAGGCCGAAGAAGACGACGGAGAGUUUCAGGAAAACAUCAGAUUCAGCCUGUGUUGUCUUCCCUCCUAAGGUUUUCCGGAUAAUGGAGAAACCGCUGUAUGAAUUCCGCGGCCACACUGGUGAAGUCUUGGACAUUUCUUGGUCUAAAGAUAAUUAUCUUCUCUCAGCUUCAAUGGAUAAAACUGUUCGGCUGUGGAAAGUCGGUAGCAAUGAUUGUCUUGGAGUUUUUGCUCACAAUAGUUAUGUAACCUCUGUUCAGUUUAACCCGGUGAAUGAGAAUUACUUCAUGAGUGGUUCUAUUGAUGGAAAAGUUCGGAUUUGGAACAUUUCUGGUUGCAAUGUUGUUGACUGGGCUGAUCUCAAAGACAUUAUAUCCGCAGUGUGUUAUCGUCCGGAUGGACAGGGAGGAGUUAUUGGUUCUCUGACCGGAAGUUGCAGAUUCUUUAGCAUGUCUGGAGAGUAUUUAGAACUAGACUCUCAGAUACAUUUGCAUAGCAAGAAGAAGUCUUCUAAUAAGCGGAUAACUGGUUUUCAGUUUUUACCACAAGACCAUAGCAAAGUCCUUGUUGUUUCCGCUGAUUCCAAAGUUAGAAUUCUCCAAGGCAACAAUGUCGUCAGAAAAUAUAAAGGUGUUUGCAAGACGAGAAGCCUCACAUCGGCGUCGCUCACGUCAGAUGGAAAGCACAUUGUUUCAGCUUGUGACGACUCAAAUGUAUAUAUCUGGAGCAAUGGAGAGGAAUCAGAUACUUCUUCGCAAGCCAAAAAGAUCCGAUCUUUUGAACGUUUCUCCACCAACGCAUCAGUUGCAGCAACUUGGUGUGGAUUCUCAGACCAUCACAACACAGCUCUACCGUUUUCUUCUCCUUCCGGCUUAUCUCUCAACGAAGGGUUUGUUCCCAAAGGAAACGCCACAUGGCCAGAGGAAAACUUACCGGCGAAUCCUCUGUCUACAUCCGCAAUGACUGCAUCUCAUUACAAGUUUCUCAAGUCCUCUUGUCAGAGAGCAUCUAGCUCUCUAGCUUGGGGUAUGGUCAUUGUCACAGGCGGUUGGGAUGGUCGGAUCAGGACAUUUCAGAACUACGGCUUGCCUGUGACUACAAGUUGA